CUCUUCCUAGUUCACGAAUUACUGACCUGAUGGCUCAACAUUGCUUCAAAAAUGAGUAUUUUGACAGCUUGCUGCAAUCUUGUAUACCAUGUCACCUUCGAUGUUCCAGUAAGCCACCUUUUUCAUGUCAGAGCUAUUGUAAUGAGAGUCCAGUGCAGGUGUCAGACAGAAUUAUUUGGAUUGGUUUGGGAAUAGGAGUGAUUUUAACAUUCACAGUGUUCAUAUUAAUGGUAUUGUUUAAAAGGAAGCGCCCAAAACUAUCAAAGGAAGAACUGAAAAAUGCAGAGUCUGUAGUGGAGUUGAAUGUUAUACUCAAGGCAGAUACUGAGAACAGUGUGAAUACAGAUAUAAUUGGAGAUUCCCUUGAAAGUGAAACAUCACUGAUGUAUUCAGUGGAGGAAUGCACUUGUGUGGACUGUGGCUUUGUGAAACUCCAAACUGGCCUUGAUACUUCAUUUCCAUUACCAGCCACAGAGGAAGGAGCUACUGUUCUGGUCACUACAAAGACUUCUGAAUAUUGCAGCUAUAUUCCAGAGGCUAUGACGACUCACUCAUAGGGAGAUAGAAGAUGGUUUUGCUACAUAAUAAUCAGCUCCACUAAUAUAUGUAUACUCAUAAAUCUCAUUAUUUGCUCUCAGUAGAGAAGGAUAGUACAUGUGGUUUCUUUAUAGCUCUUGCAUUUAACUUUCAUUGGUAUUAUACUGUUUCUAAUUUUAGUCUCUUGUGGGAGCUAUUUACUGGAACUUACAAGCUAUAAGUAUUUCUAUGUGGGGAAAACUUUUCUUCACUAUCAUUAAAAACUGUAUUUACCAGUCAAAUGGUUUAAUGUGCAUAAAUACCAUCAAUAAGCAUCUUAAAUAUAUUUUUAAAUAGA